AGCCACCCAUUCUGCCAUUUCCUCAUUGCAUCUGGGAGAGCAAGAUGGAUCACCAGCAGCUCUACUGGAGCCAUCCGAGGAAAUUUGGCCAGGAUUCUCGUUCUUGCCUCGUCCACUCAAACCACGUCCACUCAAAGCACGGUCUGAUCUGGAAAUACAGCCUCAACAGGUGCUGCCAGUGUUUCCAUCAGUACUAAAAGGAUAUAGGCUUCAUUAAGUUGGAUUAAAUGACCUUCCUUGAACGGAUCAUCCAAGAUACAUACUUUAAUUGCAGAUACCCAAGAUAACCUACCUUAAUGCCAACUCAUUGUACAUAAAAUAAAAAUACUUCAAUUAUGACUAUUUUGAAGUGAAAA